AUUGACCACUUUCGAGGAACGGCAUUUCACUGAUUAUUGAGUCCAAAACCGGUCGCCGUGGAUUUCGAGGCGAAGAGAAUCAAUUACCGACCACCUUGCUCGCCAGUUUCCUCCGUCGGGAGCAUCAUCGAAGACGACAAUGUCGGUCGCCCUCCGUCCCUGUCUGCGGCCAAAUUCGCUCCCCAGUUUACCUUCGGCUGCCUCUUCUACUACCUAUGUCUGUCAAGCGUGUCGCCAUGCGCGACUCAUAAAGCGGCCGAAACGACCUUAUACCUUUACUCAACUAGUCACGCUGUCAGACGGCAGUGCGUUCACCAUGCGGACUACUUCUCCGAUUCCAGUGUACAGAUCGACUCGAGACACGAGAAAUUCUCCCCUGUGGAAUCCCACGUCGAGGGAGCUUCUGAACGUCGAGGACGACGAGUCAGGGCGGUUGGCAAGCUUCCGAGCCCGGUUCGGCACCAGCUUCGACAGUUCAAAAGCCGCAAAGAAGACUGAGCAGAGCACCGCGACCGUUACCACCACCACCGCCCCCCCUCCUCCCUCGUCGGAAAGAAGUGCAGCCCCUGCGAAAGAACCGACAUUUGAGGAGGAGCAGAACGUGUUUGCCGAGGACGACAUGAACCUGUUGGACUUUGUCAGCUCAUUUGGUCAGGAAAGCGGCCAACCAAAUGGGCAGACACAGCCGAAAAAGGGUGGGAAGAAGUAGGACGAACUAGACAAGAAUCUUGAGCGUUUCUGCAUCGCAGCGGACGGCAUUUUAUAUACCAGAACGGCCAUCAAAGACAGACUGGUCAAUGUACAAUAUUUUUGUGUCGAAUGGACCCUAAAGUUAGACGGGUCUCCGUAUCAAGCUACAUUUUUGGCUGCCGAGGACACAUUGCGCCAUGGGCGUUGGCCCGGGAGCUUUACAAUUUUCGCGUGGCCUUUUGGUGCAUGGCCGGGGCCAACCAUGGUUUUGAGCCGUCCAUACAGAUAUGAAGCUCAAUCCGACGCAGCGGUGGUGGGUACUGGUGCCCUACGCCCAGCUUAACCGUGCUUUACCUACUUGUACACGAGGAAUAUGCUGGGACGUGCACACU